AUGCUUUGUUUGAGGCAGGUUUGCUUGUUUACGCUGAGACAUUACCAAGCUCGGACUCUGAGUAGUGACCUGCUUUUGAGCCAGAUAAAUAGCUGCACCCAUGAAGAUGAAGUGUUCAGCCUCAUUGGAAGGAACAAGGCCAGGCUUUCUGAAAAACAUGUGGGAAUUGCACUGAACAUGCUGUGGCAACUGCAAAAGAAGAGGCCGCUUCUCUUAAGGACUAAUGAAUAUAUAAGAAAUCACUCCCAGUUUCUUGCUCUUUGCAUUUUGGCAGAAAACAAGGUGGAACACAUGGAAGAUGAGGCCAUAGUGGACACCCUGUAUAGUAUUUUGAGGCUCAAUGUUGAAGACCACGAUUCUCUAGCAGAAGUGCUUGUUACAGAAGCAUGGAAAAGAUUAGAAAGGCUUAGUCUGCCAGCUCUGUCUAAAUUCGCACUGUGUUUACACAAGCAACGCAGAUAUUUCAGUCCUGCAAUUGGCAAAGUAGCUCAUAUUGUGGACAUGAAACUGGACUCUAUACAGGAUAUAAGGAUCUUGUCGGUUUUGAUGAUCAGCAUAUCUGAUGUUAUCUCACAGAGUUUUCGAGAUCGAUUACUACACAAGGCUGAACAGCUCUUGGAAGAAAAGGAUGAAGUCCACUUCAACUAUGCCAGAAGAAUACUACAGUUUCUUCAAAAUGUUAAACUGAGAUAUCAUCCAUUGGUAGAAAAAUGCAACAAGAUUUUCCUUAAAAGUGCCUCCUGUCUUGAUAUACACAGUAUUAGUCUUAUUUUUGGACUGUAUGAGCAUCUGGGUUUUGACAAUGCUGAAUUCCGCUUGGUUGCUAAACAGUUGCUGUCUGAAACUAUAGAUGAUUAUCAUGAUCCUGAAACCUUUGCAAAAUUAUUUUUUACUCUUGGGCCUAUGGCAGGAUCCAAGGUAAGAGAAAGGUUGCUAGUAACUGCAGUGCACAUGGCAGAAGAAUUUAGCAGUCACCAAGUAUUGGUAAUACUGAAGACGAUGCAGAAAAUGAAAUGCAGAAAUUCUCAUCUACUUAAAAAAAUGGCUUCAGUUCUGCACAAACACUUGGAUAGCUAUCAUGUACUACAGUUGGUAAAGUUAACACAGGACUUGGUGGUGUUGCGUUGCCACAAUCUGGAGCUAUUUGCCAAACUAAAAAUGUUACUAUUCGGUUUUUUAAAAUCUAAUGUCAUACCUGCUGAAACUGCUGCAAUAAUUCGUGUUCUGGCUAUGCUUCCUUCCUUUCAAGUGGAGGAAAUCAUUAUAAACAAAGCAGCAGCAGUUCUGCCUCAAUGCAGGCUCCAUCAUUUGAAUUGCAUUGCUACAGCUCUUGUCAAAUGGAAUCAUUAUGACCGGUUGCAAUGGCAAAACAGUUCUGAGCUAUGCGUAAAGCUUCUUCAAAAACUAAAUGACUAUGGAUUUGAGAGGCUUCAGAAAGCCAACAACUUAAAUCUGCUGUUGGAAGAACUUGUGUAUGUGAAUGGAGAAUGGUUUGAAGAAGUCCUCAAUGAAGAAACUAUGGCCACAUGCCAACGCUUGAUAGACCAAAUAACAUGGGCAAAUGUAUUACAGUUGUCUCUCUUUCUCAUGAAAACAAACCACCGUUGUCCUUCAUUACUUGACAAAAUAGCUUCUGUGACUGUUGAAAAUAUAGACAAGAUCCACCCCUUUGAAAUCUAUUUUAUUCUCCUCCUUUUCUCUGCUAUGAAUUAUGACCCUCCUGCAAAUGAAAAGUUCUUUGAAACUUGUAUCCAACAUCUUACUUCCAACUUGAGUUGUUUUGAAACUCACCACCUGGUGCUGCUUGGUCAUGUUUUGGCAGUGGCUGGGUAUUUUCCUCCAGUUUUGAUAAAGGGAAUAUUUAAUAUUUCUUUCCUAAGCAAACUGGAUGCGCAACUUGAAGUCCUGCCUGAUACCGUAAAGCAGAGGGUCCGCUCCCGCCUCAUGAAAUUGAACAGAGCAGUCUGUCUGGAAUGCCCAGAGUUUCACAUCCCUUGGUUUCAUGAGCACUACUGCCAGCGUGUCUUCCGUAACAGCAGUAGCCGAAGAAAUCCGCUGCGACAGCAUGUUCACAGAAUGCUGACAGAGAUCUUGGGAGGGAGCAAUUAUGCAAGAAUAUCUGUUCUCACACCGUACUACUAUGAAAUAGAUUUUGAGUGCAUUCUGGAUGAAAAUAAAAAGCCUCUUUCCUAUAUGGCUCAGAAUAUACCUUUGGAUGAUGUGGAGGGAAUACACUUGAGACAUGACAUCAAAGACGAAGGGAGACAGGCUCUGCCACCAGGAGCUCAGAGAAUUGCUUUGGAAUUUCUUGAUUCAAAAGCUUUUAGCAAAAAUUCACGUCACCCGAAAGGAGAAACUGCACUGAAAAAACGACACCUGGAAAUGCUGGGGUACCGGGUAGUUCAGAUUCCUCAUUUCGAAUGGAAUUCUAUGGUUCUGUCAACAAAAGGUGAACAACUAGCAUAUCUGAGGAAGCAUCUGUAUGGAAUACAGUGA